GAUCACUGCUUGUACUGUAAUGAUGACAUAAUAUUUCGGCAUUUAUUGGAGGAUCGUAUGACACCGAGAUUAUCGCAUCAUAAUUUCUUAUUUCAAACAUGAAAUAUUUGAUUUAGGAGCUCUAUAUGACUGUCAGAAAACAUUUGGAAAUUUGUAAGAAUAAUUUAAUACGGGCCAAAUGUAAAGAACGUCGUUAUUCACCUGUCCCUGCAUGGAACCGGAUUUGACGAGAGCGAGAGGCUGAACUUCGAAUUCUGCAUUGUCGUAACUAAGCCCCCAUAGAAUGGUGGUGCGAAAGGCACUGAUUGGGGGUGCCCUCCUCGGAGCUGGAGCGAUUACGGCUGGAUACAUCGUAUCCAAGGACAACGAUAAGAAAUUGGCUCAGAGCCGAAAAGCUCAGGUUGUAGCAGCUGAGCUACGCAAUGUGCACUACAUAUCAUCUCUCCCGACGAGAGAGCAGCAGAUCCAAUCACUACAGCACACGCAUGAAUACGAUGUCUUGGUUAUAGGGGGCGGAGCAACUGGUUGUGGAGUGGCUCUUGAUGCAGUUAGUAGAGGUCUGAAGACUGCCCUUGUAGAGAAGUAUGAUUUUUCUAGUGGUACCAGCAGUCGAAGCACCAAGCUGAUUCAUGGAGGUGUACGCUACCUUCAAAAAGCUAUUUUAGGUCUAGAUUAUGACCAGUACAAGUUAGUGAAGGAGGCUUUACACGAGAGAGCUAAUUUAUUGGAAAUAGCCCCACAUCUUUCUAGCCCUCUACCUAUUAUGCUUCCAGUUUACAAACUUUGGCAGCUUCCUUACUACUGGGCUGGUAUCAAAGCAUAUGAUUUAGUUGCCGGGAGACAGAACUUACGAUCAAGCUAUUUCUUGUCCAAGGAACGAGCCUUGGAGAGGUUCCCCAUGCUGAAACGAGACAAACUUGUUGGCGCUAUCGUUUACUAUGACGGCCAGCACAAUGAUGCCAGAAUGAAUAUUGCAAUAGCACUGACAGCGGCCAGGAUGGGAGCCACACUGGCCAACCAUACAGAGGUACUUGAUCUGAUCAAGUUUAAGAAUGAGGAAGGAGAGGAGGAGGUGAGAGGAGCCAGACUCAGGGAUAGAAUGACAGGUAAAGAAUUCAGUGUGAUGUCCAAGUGUGUGAUCAAUGCAACAGGACCGUUUACAGACAGCAUUAGACAGAUGGCUGUCCCAGAAAUCAAGAAGAUUUGCCAACCAAGCUCAGGGGUUCACAUAGUACUACCAGAUUAUUACAGCCCUGAAGCUAUGGGUCUGUUAGAUCCAUCUACCAGCGAUGGACGUGUCAUCUUCUUCCUUCCGUGGCAGAAGUUUACUCUUGCCGGCACAACAGAUAGACCUUGUGAAGUCACUCAUCAUCCUUCCCCAUCAGAAGCUGAUAUUCAGUUCAUCUUGAAAGAAAUCAAAGACUACCUCAGUAAAGAUGUCACCGUAAGACGAGGUGAUGUGAUGGCAGCAUGGAGUGGAAUCAGACCUCUAGUGACGGACCCCAACUCUAAGAACACCGAAUCUCUCUCAAGAAAUCAUGUUAUUGAUGUCUCCCAUAACAAACUCGUGACAAUUGCAGGUGGUAAAUGGACGACAUACCGCAGCAUGGCCGUGGAUGCUAUUGAUGCAGCAGUAGAGACGUGUGGUCUUGAACCCAGGCAUAGUUCAUUGACUGAUGGGUUACUGCUCGAGGGCGCUCAUGGUUGGACACCUACCAUGUUUAUCAGACUCAUUCAAGACUUUGGACUCGAAAAUGAGGUUGCCCAACAUUUGUCCAGCACCUAUGGAGACAAGGCAGUAGAGGUAGCCCGAUUGGCAAGCUUGACAGGAAAGAGAUGGCCAGUAGUAGGCAAGAGACUCGUGGAGGAUUUCCCUUACAUUGAAGCAGAGGUGGUGUAUGCAGUGAAGGAGUAUGCUUGUACUGCAGUGGAUGUGCUGGCUAGGAGGACACGUCUUGCCUUUCUCAAUGUCCAAGCAGCUGAAGAAGCUCUACCUAGGAUCGUUGAGAUCAUGGCCAAGCUACUCAGCUGGAACAAGACUAAACAAGAGAUGAUGCUUGCCGAUGGAAGAAGAUUUUUGAAUGAAGAGAUGGGAUAUAACUGCCGAGCAGACCUCAUGACUGUACCCAUCAACUUCACUGAGGGAGAGAAAGAGAAGUACACCAAGCGUUUCCAGAUGUUAGACAAGGAGAAGAAAGGAUACAUUACUCCUAAUGACAUGAGACAGUUCUUGCAGAGUGCUGGAGAUGAUUUGACUGAAGAUCAGCUACGCAGCAUGAUGAAUGAAGUAGAUUGUAACAAGAAUGGCAGGGUAGAACUCACGGAAUUCCUACAGCUCAUGAGUGCAAUAAGGACUGGAGCAAUGGCCAACAUUCGCCUGGAGCUGGCGCUCAACAAGUGGGAGCGUAAACUGAUUCCUACCUACAGGAGCGGAGAGGGAACAUGAAAACGUAGAGGCUGGAUGGUGUACAUGGUAUAUUAGUCUGCAGUGGCAAAGCUUCAUGCGGAUUGUGAUGGCGGCGGGUUUGUGGAUGGUUGUAGAAACAUGAACGGAUAAUGUACUGCUUAAAACUCCUGGUGGAGUGUAUGGUUUAACUACAUUUAUAGUGGCACUAGCUUCCUUGUGGGAUCUGGGUUUUUCUGACUGACACAAGUGCUCUAUGACCAUAGGCUGUAUCUCUGUAUCUUGGUGGAGCUUUGAAUGCAGAAUCCAGUGGUGUAUCCAGUAUUGAGUGAAGCCUAAAGCUAUAUCAUAAUCCACCUCCCCCUCCCCCUCACAUGAUGGGACUGCCCUUCUCAGGAUUGUGUUGUCCCUGUUUAUCAAUUGCUGGAUAUACCGCUGGAUCUACAUGUAACUAUCUGUCAAUUUUUCUCUCUACCUAAUUCAUCUAUUUUCAAUUGUCUAUUUACCUAGUCUCUUUGCCCUGCAGAAGGCAGGUUUGUCAUCAUUAAUCCAUAUUGCACUACAUGUACCUGUGUUGUUUUUACACUCUCAUUCUACGAUGCCAUCUAUCCAUCUUGUGAUUCUCUCUCUGCCUCUCUCUCUUUCUGCCUCUGUAUCUCUCUUCCUCUUUCUCUCUCUCUCUCUCUCUCUCUCUCUCUCUCUCUCUCCAUGUCUGGCAUGUGUGCUUGACUAUUAAACUGAUGAGUCCUUCUGUAAUCUGUUCUGCUGGUUGUGUGCCAAUCCUAGGUAAAGCAUACCCACAUUUGAUUGUAUCCUUCACCUACCUUCAUCCUCCAUCUCUCAUGGGUAUACUGCUACAUCACUUGUGUGUCUUCAUCUAUCUUUGCUUUUUUUUUCUGGAUUAGAGACCAGAUAGUUUCUACUACCUCAAUUUCUUAGCCUGUAAUAACCACCUUGGGUCAAACGAAUGGUUGUACCUUCGUUGCUCAAGAUCAUUCAGAUCAUCUAGGUUACGUUCAAAAGGCUUUGUUUAAGGGUCAGUGGGUCAUGUUAGGCAACAUGAAUGUAAUAGAAAUGCAUAGUUGCCUAAAAUAAAAAUAUAUGUAUUUAUAUUAGAGUAAAUGACAAUACAAAUUCUGAAUAAUAAGGAAGGUCCUAUCUUUACUAUUGUUAUUGGUUGUAGGUACUUUUCCCACAGGGUAAGUUGAUUCCAAGAAAAUGUAACUAUACGCACAAUUUAUUCAUAAAUCGUUUGGGGUAGCAGACUUUAACAGUGACUGGAUAUAUUCCCAAGGGACUGAGUAGAGAUGUGUAGAGUUCAUUUAUCCAGUUAUUCAGGGAAUAAUAUUUUAUGAAUGAUUUAGUAUCAUAGAACAAGAAGUAUGAUAGAUUUUAAGUAAAAUUAUACACUAAGUUGGUUGUGAUGUAAGCUAGCUGACAAAUCCAUUAACUUUGUUGACUUGAGCUUAGAGGUUACCUGAGGAUUAACAUCGUAUCAUGUAAUAUCGGAGUCAUUCGGAUCUUAACAGGGUAUUUAUGUUGGACGUCAAUGUAGAAAUGAACAUUUUUAAAUCUCUCAUUUAGCAAUAUGUUACAAUGUUGGGUGUAUUAAAAAUGAAAAAAAUAGAGAGAAUAUUUUGAUUAUAUACAUGUACUACAUUUGUUGUGUUUAUUACAGUAAAUAGAGACCAUUACAUGGUAGAAUUCUACUAUAAUCUGAUCUAAUCACCUACAUAUGUUUUUUCUAUUAAUUGUUCCAUUUUUCCCCCUUAGGAAGGGGGUAAAUUUGGAAUACACUCUAAUGCAGUAAUUUUAAAUAUACAUAUAUAAACUCUUACGCAAUUUUGUUUUAUUCUAUAGACUUUAAGUCACAUAUAUGAUGUAAAUCUAAAUUUAAUUUAUGUUCUCAAUGAAUUUUAUAUGGGAUUAGUUUCACAGUCAGUUGAAUUACAGCAAUUAAAAUCUAAGGUGUACUAUGCAAAUGAUAUUAUUGCAUUUCAGCUAUUCUAAAAUCUUAUAUGGUGAGAUGUGUGAUAUAGAAAAUAUUAACUUAAUAAACUUAUUAUUGAAUACUGAAAUUGUUUGUCUCAAAAUCUGUCAUGGUGCUAUAUGUGCAGCAUUCACAUUGGGAUUUCCUUGAGGGAUGGAAAAGAUUUACAGAUUCCCAUUAACAGGUUGUGACCCCCCCCCCCCCC